AUGUAUAUAUCUAUUAGUGACAAACUAUAUUCGUUAUUUUCAAUUUAUUGGUAUUUUCUUCCCAUUAUUUUUCUUUUUUUCUUUAUACAUCGAUGGAUAGGAACAAAAAAAACCGUUCGAUCAACUCGUCGAGGUAUUGAUCGAUGUCAAACAUAUUCUCGUCAAUAUCCAUGUGGGUGGUAUCGUAUUUGUAAUUCUGAUGAGAUUGCUAAACGAGGUCAAAUAAAACAUGCUUUUAUAUUGGGUCGAGAAAUGGUUAUUUUUCGAUCUGAUGAUGAACAUAGUCAAAUAUAUGUCCUAGACGCAUUUUGUGUUCAUAUGGGAGCAAAUUUAGCUUUUGGUGGACGAGUUAUGCCAGGUACAAAUUGCAUUCAAUGUCCUUUUCAUUUAUGGGAAUUUAAUGGACAAACUGGUCAUUGUACAAAAAUUCCAUAUAUCGAUGGAAAAAUACCUGAAAAAUGUAAAAUGCAAACAUAUCCAUGUGUUGAACGUCAUGGAAUGAUUAUGAUUUGGUAUCAUCUAUUAAAUGAACCUCCUCAUUAUGAUGCUAUUUGUAUUGAUGAAUUAUUAGGUAAUCGUUUUGAAUGUCGUGGUGUUCAUCGUUAUCCAAAUAUUCACAUGCAUUUACAAGAAUUUUCUGAAAAUGCAGCUGAUUUUCAACAUUUUCAACCAUUACAUGGUCAAAUGUGUAUACCAUGGACUCAAAUACAGAUACCACGUAUAUUUAUUCAUCAUCAAGCAUCAUUAGAAUUUAGUAGUGAUAAACCAUAUAUAGUAUAUUUUUAUGAUACAGCAAUGUUAAGAUUAUUUGGAAAAAACUAUGAAUCAACUAAAGUUGAUGCAUCAAUCACAUUUUAUGGUCCGGGUGGAAUAACAUUAUUUCGUUUUGAUGGAAAAUUUGGAAGAAUUUAUUUAUUUCAUACUCAUACACCAACUGAUUAUACAGAAUUAGAUGUUGAGUUUCGAGCUUAUGUUGAAAAAAAAAUACCUCGAUUACUAAGUUGGUAUAUUAUUGGAAAUUGGAUUGCACAAUGGCAUCGAGAUAUUAUUGUUUGGGAAAAUAAGAUAUUUCAACGUUCUCCAUUUCUUGUUAAAAAAGAUGGUCCAAUAUUAAAAAUGCGUCGUUGGUACAAUCAAUUUUAUCUUUCAAAAGAACAACUAGAAAAUCUUGCUGAUUCACUUGACUGGUGA